UGUGCGGAGUGAGUAUAGACCAUGGGCUCCUAGUGGUAGAACUAUACAGAAACCAAGAGGGAGAGGAUAGGCUGUUCAACUGACUUGACUGUACAGUUACAGUGCUUAGGCACAGGCAAGGCACAUGUGAUCUUAGGGAGCGGAUUCCCUAUGACAUGUAAACAUUUGCUUAUGGACUGAAGUACAUGGGACUUUGGGGUUUGUUAAGACACAUUUAGACUUGGCUAUCUAUGUAUUGAUGAGGAACGGUGGAGAGACAUCAGUCAAGAUUUGCAAGGUGUCCGUCCGGGAGGCGCGUCUCAAGGAGCCGAAACCAAGACGGAAACUACAUGAUUGGAGGCGUUUCUCUUGAACCCAGUAUACACAAUGUAUACUUUAUUUUAGGUUGAAAUAUGAUAUUGUAUAGUUUCGUACUUAUUGUAAAAAUAGACAUGACCAUUGCAAGUUAACUCGUAGGACAAGUAGCUGGAAUUUCAGAUGAUCGCAAGUGACUGAUUUGGUUCUUAUGGCUGUGGAUAUUAUUAAUCUAUCCCGGGCUCGAACGAGCGGGCUACAAUGACUCCUCUAAAUUAUUGGACAUCACAACUGGCUUUUGUCAGUAACUAGAACCUAUAUAAAACUCAAACUAUUGAAAGAAGACAAUUUGCUGCUGUUUGGACACAUUUCCCCGGCUAAAUCCAAGGAUUUGCGCGCAAACCGUGGAUGUUUAAUAUGCUAGGAUGGGUCCGCUAGCGUUCAUCCUUGUUGGUGGAUUAUUGUACUUUCAAGUUGAUGGGUCCCGUCUGCGCCAGGAGGACUCCCCACCCCGGAUCGUGGAGCACCCCUCUGACCUGAUCGUGUCCAAGGGGGAGCCGGCCACCCUCAACUGCAAGGCGGAGGGGAGGCCCAGCCCCACGGUGGAGUGGUACAAGGACGGGGAGCGGGUGGAAACGGACAAAGACGACCCGCGGUCUCACCGAAUGCUCCUUCCCAGCGGCUCCCUCUUCUUCCUACGUAUUGUCCACGGACGACGCUCCAAACCGGAUGAGGGCUCCUACGUCUGCGUUGCCCGCAACUACCUGGGAGAAGCCAUCAGUCGCAAUGCAUCGUUGGAAGUAGCAUUGCUGCGUGAUGACUUCCGACAGAACCCUACAGACGUGGUGGUGGCAGCGGGGGAGCCGGCCAUCCUGGAGUGUAUCCCCCCUAGAGGUCACCCUGAACCCACCAUCUACUGGAAGAAGGACAAAGUACGCAUCGAAGACAAGGAGGACAGGAUCACCAUCCGAGGAGGGAAGUUGAUGAUCUCCAACACCAGGAAGAGUGAUGCUGGCAUGUUCAUCUGUGUUGGCACAAACAUGGUGGGAGAGAGAGACAGUGAGACGGCCCAGUUGACUGUGUUUGAGCGUCCUACCUUCCUGCGUCGGCCCAUCAACCAGGUGGUCCUAGAGGAGGAGGUGGUAGAGUUCAGGUGCCAGGUGCAGGGAGACCCCCAGCCCAACGUACGCUGGAGGAAGGAUGAUGUUGAUGUGCCCCGUGGGAGGUACGACAUGAAGUAUGACAAGGAGGACUAUCUGCUGAGAGUAAAGAAGGCGUCGGCCAGUGACGAGGGCACCUUCACCUGCCUGGCAGAGAACCGCGUGGGCAAGGUGGAGGCCUCUGCCAGCCUCACCGUCAGAGCUCGCCCUGUCGCUGCACCCCAGUUCGUCAUCAGGCCGCGGGACCAGAUCGUGGCCCAGGGUCGCACCGCCACCUUCCCCUGUGAGACCAAGGGCAACCCCCAGCCUGCAGUCUUCUGGCAGAAGGAAGGCAGCCAGAACCUGCUGUUUCCCAACCAGCCCCAGCAGCCCAACAGUCGCUUCUCUGUGUCCUCCAGUGGAGACCUGACCAUCUCGGCCGUGCAGCGGACAGACGCAGGCUACUACAUCUGCCAAGCCCUGACCGUGGCUGGCAGCAUCCUCGCCAAGGCCCAACUGGAGGUCACAGAUGUGCUGACAGACAGGCCGCCGCCCAUCAUCCGCCGGGGUCCGUCCAAUCAGACGCUGGGGGUGGACAGUGUGGCCCUGCUGAAGUGCCAGGCGUCAGGAGACCCCAUCCCCUCUAUCAGCUGGCUGAAGGACGGGGUCAGUUUGCUGGGGAAGGACCCCCGCAUGUCCCUGCAGGAGCUGGGCAGCCUCCAGAUCAGGAGCCUCAGGCUCUCUGACUCUGGGAUCUACACCUGUGUGGCUGCCAGCUCCAGUGGCGAGACCUCAUGGAGCGCCUUCCUGGAGGUCAAAGACCAAGCUGGGGUGAUGGUCAUUAAGAACCGUGAUGACAACGAGCUCCCUGGCCCUCCCUCCAAACCCCAGGUCACUGACGUCACCAAGAACAGCGUCUCGUUGUCCUGGCAACCCGGCCUGGCUGGGGCCACGCCCAUCUCCUCUUUCGUCAUCGAAGCCUUCAGCCAGUCGGUGAGCAACAGUUGGCAGACGGUUGCGGACCACGUGAAGACCACGCAGUACACGGUCAAAGGCCUGCGCCCCAACACCAUCUACCUGUUCAUGGUGCGGGCGGUCAACACCCAAGGCCUCAGUGACCCCAGCCCUAUGUCAGAGCCUGUCAGGACACAAGACAUCAGUCCUCCAGCCCAGGGGGUGGACCACAGGCAUGUGCAGAAGGAGCUGGGGGAGGUCAUAGUUCGUCUGCACAACCCAGUCGUCCUGAGCCCCACCACCAUUCAGGUCACCUGGACGGUGGACCGUCAGUCCCAGUUCAUCCAGGGCUACAGAGUUCUGUACAGGCAGACGUCUGGCCUGUUUUCCCAAGGACCCUGGCAGACCCAGGAUGUGAAGGUCCCCUCUGAGCGCAGCGUGGUCCUCUCCAACCUCAAGAAAGGCAUUGUCUAUGAGAUCAAGGUCCGGCCCUACUUCAAUGAGUUCCAGGGCAUGGACAGUGAGUCCAGGUCGGCUCGCACCACAGAGGAAGCUCCCAGUGCCCCUCCCCUGCAGGUGACAGUCCUGACGGUGGGCAACCAGAACAGCACCUCCAUCAGCAUCUCCUGGGACCCACCUCCUCCAGACCACCAGAACGGCAUCAUCCAGGAGUACAAGAUCUGGUGCCUAGGGAAUGAGACACGAUUCCACGUGAAUAAGACGGUGGAUGCAGCCAUCCGGUCGGUGGUUGUGGGGGGGCUUCAGGUGGGGGUGCUGUAUCGGGUGGAGGUGGCCGCCAGCACCAGUGCAGGGGUGGGGGUCAAGAGUGAACCUCAGCCCAUCGUCAUAGGUAAGGACUUCCGUGAUGUGAUCAUGAGUGGGAACAGGAACAACAGCAUCACGGAGCAGAUCACAGACGUGGUGAAGCAGCCGGCGUUCAUAGCGGGGAUCGGAGGGGCCUGCUGGGUCAUCCUCAUGGGCUUCAGUAUCUGGCUGUACUGGAGGAGGAAGAAGAGGAAGGGCCUCAGCAACUACGCAGUUCAGUCCUUCACCUUCACCCCUGCAGUGACGUUCCAGCGUGUUGACGGAGGUCUGAUGAGCAAUGGAAGCCGACCAGGCCUGCUGAAUGCCAGUGAUCCAUGCUACCCGUGGCUGGCUGACUCCUGGCCUGCAACCAGCCUGCCUGUCAAUAGUGGCUCCGGGGGACCCAACGACCUCAGUAACUUUGGCCGAGGAGACACCAGUGUUAAUGGGGAUAAGACCGGCACCAUGCUCUCUGACGGAGCCAUCUAUAGCAGUAUAGACUUCACCACCAAGGCUAGCUACAACAGCCCCAGCCAGGGCUCCCAGGGAGCCACCCCCUACGCCACCACCCAGAUCCUCCACUCCAGUAGCAUCCAUGAGCUGGCUGUGGACCUCCCUGAGGCCCAGUGGAAGGCCUCCAUCCAGGCCAAACAGGAGAUGGCCAACCUGGGGUACUCCCUACCCGACAAGAACUCCUGCAACAACACACUCCUUUUCAUUCCUGACUACCGAAUGGCCGAGGGAUUGUCUAAUAGAAUGCCACACAACCAAUCACAAGAUUUCAGCACCACCAGCUCUCACAACAGCUCAGACCGAAGCGGCAGCCUAUCAGGUGGUAAGGGGGGUAAGAAGAAGAAGGUCAAGGCUGGCACCAAACCCACCAAGGCUAACGUCUCCAACUGGGCCAAUGUGCCCCUGCCCCUGCCCCCUCCCCCUCUACACCCUCUCCCUGGCACCGAGAUGGACCACUACCCCAACGAGCACUAUGAAGGAGGAGGGUAUGAGAGUGAUGGCUGGGGUCCUCCCAUGCCCGUGCAGACCUACCUCCACCAGGGAAUGGAGGAUGAGCUAGAGGAGGAGGAAGAGAGAGUCCCCACCCCACCCAUCCGUGGCGUGGCCUCGUCCCCAGCAGCGGUGUCCUUCGGCCAGCAGUCCACGGCCACCCUCACCCCCUCUCCCCGGGAGGAGCUGCAGCCCAUGCUCCAGGCCCACCUGGACGAGAUCACCCGUGCCUACCAACUGGACAUGGCCAAACAGACAUGGCACAUGCAGGGUGGCUCCCUCCCCCUCCCUCCCCAGGCCCCCGCCCCUCCAGUGGGGUACGUGUCCAGCACCCUGGUGUCUGACCUGGAUACUGACAUCCCUGACGAGGAUGAGGAGGAUGAGGAAGAGGAGGAGGAUGAAGGCUAUGAGAUGUCCAGGCCUCUCUAUGGUAUUGAGCACACGCCAGGGUCCAGCAUGGACAACCUAGACAGCUCUGUAACAGGUAAAGGGCUGUCCCACCGGCCCCGGCCCAGCAGUCCCUUCUCUACAGAUGGGAGCACGGUGGGCACACACAGCCUGGGCCACCAGAGGGCCGCCCGGCCCACCCGCAAGCCCCGGGGACAGGGCACGGCGCCCCACAGGAGAGACGCCAGUGCAGACGACCUACCUCCUCCCCCUGAUCCCCCGCCCAUCCAGGGACCAGGGCAUAUCCAUGGGGCCCGUAGUGUAGGCGGAAUGGGCCCCCCAGCCGAGAGGCAGGCCUCGUCCCUGGAGCGCCAACCCAUGUGUGCCGCCAUGCCCCUGUCUGGACUGGAGGAGAUGAAGAGCUCCAUGGACAGACAGACACGCACCUCUAUGGAGCGUCACCGCCAGGCCCAGGACAGGCUAGGAUCCAUGGACCGAGGAGACGACCCACGCAGGGGACACAAAACAGAAGAGGGGUGCCUACCCCCCUACAGUAAACCCUCGUUCCCCUCCCCCGGGGGCCACAGCUCCUCUGGGACAGCCUCCUCCAAGGGCUCCACGGGGCCACGCAAGGGAGAUGGGCCUCGAGGGCCACACCAACGGACUGCCACAGACCACAGCGACUUCCUGGGGACCAACGGACAGGGACAGUACUCGGGCGAGUUAUAGUGGCCUGCCUGCAGUAGGAGCUGAACUGAACUGGAGAAAGCCUCGUCGUCCUCAUCAGAAUGAAGCCUCACCCGUUGGUGCGAUGAACUUUGUCCUUCUUUGUGUAUUAUCAGAGGAGAGGAGAGGAAGAUGACGAUGAUGACCACCAUAACAGAACUGUAAAUGUGAUGUAUAAACGGAGACAUACAUACUGUACAUCCCACUAUGUUGUUGUCCUCAACAAAAUUAUUUCCCACCUCCCACCUUAAUUUUUUUCAGUCAGAAAAUAGCAAGUGAACAAAACAAUUAAAACGUCUAUAUGGGAAAACUAAUUUUCAAAAUAACCGUCCUUGGUGAAAAAAGGGAAUGUUGUUUCCUGUAAAUAGAUUAUUUCCAUUGUUGUUGUGUUGCUAUGCAAGCCUACUGCAGUUUGAGUUUUUCUUUCCAUGCUGUUGGUUAUAUCUAGUCAUUUGUAUUAUAUAUGAAUUGAUAGGCUGUUGUGCCAUAAAAUAAUUGUUUUAUAAUCCAUCAUUUGUUAAUAUCUAUCAUUUAUUAAUUAUUAUCAUUAUUAUUGUUAUUAAUUAUUGUUUUUUGCACUGUGAUUUUUGGUGAUAAGCACAAACGCAUAGCUCCUGCUGACAUGAAGAACCGGACGAACAUGUGAAGAGGAGUUUCUGAAGAGAGAUGAGGAAUUAUAUACUAAUGUACAGAGAGAUAUUAAAGCAAUAAGGCACGAGGGGGUGUGGUAUAUGGCCAAUAUACCACGGCUAAGGGCUGUUCUUAAGCACGACGCAAC